UGGAGGUAGAGUAUCGCGAAAUGAAAGCGAGUUCUCCGAUUGGCUUUCAGUUUCAAUCCGGGUACCGCGCUGAAGCAGAUAAUUAGCCUAAAGGCACCAAUAUGGCGGAGGCUUCCUUUGGAAGUACGAGCCCAGUUGGCUCUUUGUCUUCGGAAGAUCAUGAUUUUGACCCCACAGCGGAGAUGUUAGUCCAUGAGUACGAUGAUGAACGGACCCUGGAAGAGGAGGAGCUGCACGAGGGAAAUACCAACAUCAGCGCAGAAAUAGAGGAUUUACAGAAGGAGGGUAAUAUGCCUUUGGAGGAGCUGCUAGCUAUUUAUCGUUACGAGGCAUCGGUCAGUACUAUUGGGGGGUCUAGUGUAGACAGCUCUUCAGGGGAACUGACAGACGAACUACCUGAUAUGACCUUAGACAAGGAGGAGAUUGCAAAAGACCUGCUCUCCGGGGAUGACGAAGAGACUCAGUCUUCAGCGGACGACCUCACCCCGUCAGUCACCUCACACGAAACCACUGACUUCUUCCCAAGAACUCUCAGAUCAAACGCUAUUUACGACGGGGACAAAGAGUCAGAGGGGGAAGAGGAUGGCGUGAGUCCGGAAGACUCCAGAAAGGAGAUAAUGGUGGGGUCCGAGUAUCAAGCUGAGAUUCCGGCCCAGCUCUGCUGCUAUGGAGACAAUGAAAAAGUGUACUGCGAGGAGGACCAGUUGCUAUGGUGUCCGGACGUCUUGCCGGAGAGCAAAGUGAGAAACUUCCUGUGCGAGGCGUCUUUGCGGGGUACGGACGGAAAGACGGAGGGGGCGCCGGACCGAGGUCACGUCCGAGACAACGAGCAGGCUUUGUAUGAGCUCAUGAAAUGCAACUACAACAUCCAUGAUGCACUGGAACGGUAUCAGAACAGUGCAGCUUCCUCAAAGGAUGAAAUGCUUCCUUGGUCUGAGGAAGAGUGCAGAAGUUUCGAACACGCGCUUCUUCUGUACGAAAAGAACUUUCACCUGAUACAGAAACACAAGGUGAAGACGAGGACGGUGGCCGAAUGCGUGGCCUUUUACUACAUCUGGAAGAAGUCGGAGCGCUUUGACUACUUCGUCCAGCAGAACCGCUUCGGGAAGAAGAGAUACAGCGCCUAUCCGGGUGUCACGGAUUUGAUGGACAGGCUGGUGGACGAGGCGGAGGGCCUGGUGGCGGACAGCUCUGCUGCGGCGUGUCCCGGUGGCGUCCGGCUCGAACCCUCAGCCGACCAGCAGCUCAGCAUCCUCAACUCCAUCACAGCCAGCGACCUCUCCGCACUGACCAACAGCGUGGCGACGGUGUGCAACCCCUCGGACGUGAGCUGCCUGGACUCCUACAGCUUCCCUCCCCUGGAGAGCCUCCACCGGGGGGCGCUCUCGCACGAGGAGCCGCUGGGCUUCCCCGGCAACGGCGACGGCGACUGCCUCAACCUCCUGGACGCCGGCUUCUACCACUCGGACCUGAGCGGCCUGGGCGUGUGCGGCGGCGGCGGCGAGGACCUGGAGAGGCCGUCCAAGCGGCUAAAGAUGGGCCUGGCGGAGUCCUUCGCCGCCGACGUUUCGGUGGGCGCCCUGGGGGCGGGCUUUGACGGCCGCGCCCACCACAUCACCAGCGCCAAGAUGGCCGUGUCCGUCACUGACUUCGGCAGCCUGGCGGCCGGCGAGCCCAACGGGUUCAUGGGACCGCACGCGCUGCGCCAGCACACGCACGCACACACGGCGCUGCCGUCCGAGUGACCUCACCACAAGCCCCGCCCCCAAAAACCUGUACAUAUUCUCAUUCACUGGAAACUUUAUUUCUUUUUUUUUAAGUAUAUAUAUAUAUAUAUACAGUAUAUAUAUAAUAUAAAUAUAUAUAAAUAUUUUUUUUUCUUUUUUUACUAUGACAUCAGUGAUGUCUUUUAUCGUUAUAGAGCUAAAUCUUGAUUUCUCAAGAGUUAAUAUAGCCAUUUAUUUUUCAGUCCUCGAUUGGGGAAUGUCAUACAUAUGUGUUCGUAUACUGUGGGAACUGAAUAUCGUGGUGUAAAUUCCAGAUCUGUAGUUUUUUUUUCCUCGUUCGUUAUUCCUACGAGCAUCCCAACGUUUUAAAAACAAACAAAAAAACUGUAAACUUACCACCACACCUUUAACCGAUGAAAGGUUUUUCUUGCCACUAAGAAUGGCUGCCAUAUACUUUUCUUUCUUCUUCAUUGGUACUUUAGAGUAUCAGUGUUUACAGGUCCCAAGUCCAGACCCUGGCUGAUGUAGCAUUUUAUACAAGAGGGUCCAUGUUUUUAUAUUUUAAGGAAAUGCACACAUUUGUGCAAGACUUUCUUCUGCGGAGCCUUUGUGUACUAGAAGGAGCACUUCAGAUUCUUAAAAAGGCAAGGUUUUUUUCCCCCUGAGUUUUGUUUGUCUGUGGAAACAAGUGGUACCAGGACUGUGUCCGGGGGGGGAUUGAGGGGUUGGGGGGUUGGUCAUGUUUGGUUUUCUAACAAAGUUUAGUUUGCUCACCCCCAUCCUACUGAGCAAGAAACUUCACUGCCAGGUUCCUUUGCGAAAUUUCGAUAUUUUCUACUAAUUCAUUUCCAAGUAUGUAACUUGUGAUUAUGGUUGUUUUUAACUUGUCUUUGAUGGGAACACGGUCUUGUCGGAGACACCUGGGGAAAGUCAUCCAUUGGCUACACAGCCCACCUGGUUGAAAUACUCUCAUUUUUAAAUUGACAGAGCCAGUGUCAAUAAUAAUCCAGCUGAUAUCAGUGUUGGUGUAGUAACACAAUUGUGUAGCUGCUUGAAGACUUUUAGGCUUCCCUGAUUUUUUUGGGGGAUUGGGUGGGGGGGGGGGGGGGGGAGGGGGUCCAAUCAGUGCAGCUCAUUCAAAAAUGGGUAUGUUGCAUCGUAACAUGAAUCACUAUUUAUUUAUUUCUAUUGAUGGCUUGCUUUCGUCUGCAGUUCCUCAAAGGCUGAAUACCUUUCUUUUUUCCUCCUUUUUUUUUUGAACAGUGGAAAAAUGUUUUGAUUCAUAAAAAUUAGUUGGUCGGAUAGAUAAGAGGGUGGGUAUUUAUUGCAAAGAACGUUCCGGACUGCACCAAGGCCAUCACAACGUUAGCCUUAGUCUUGUAUGUACCUUUAAAUUUGCUUUUCUAGCAAAUGUACAGUGAAAUAAAUUUGCUAAAAAAAAAAAAGGCACAUUUAAACUUUUCUUAGUUUGAGAAAAAAAUUCUAUUUUGACUGACUUGUACUAUUUAUGUAUCUUAAGCAGUGUGCUUGUAAGUCUCUUGUAGGGUCGUCUUGGUCAUUUAAAAAAAAAACUUUUACUUUUUCUCAAUCAUAACUCGAUAUUAACAGCUUAGUACGUGACACUUGACUGUGUAGCCUUGACUCAAUCGCCAGUGUUAUGUUGGUCUUAACGACAGCGCUCACCCGGGGCCCGUGGCACAGAGGCAGUUUAUCGUCACCAGAUGGCGCUCAACAGUACAGGCUUCAAGCAUUGCUGGAGAUGACAGUGGUCAAGAGUGGAUGCAGUACCAGUGUUUACUCAAUUUAUCUAUGCAUUUGAGAUGGAAAGUAGUCUGGCUGAGGAGUGAUGAUUGGGGGGGUGGUGGGGGGGGGGGCACAUGGACUCGCAAAAGCUUUGGAGAUGUCUGUCUCAGAGGCAAGUUUUUGCUUCAGUCCAUGGAUGCAGAGUGUAAGGUUACUUGGUUAUGUAAUCACUGGCUGAUUCGUCCGUUUGUUUUUUUUAACCUUUUUUGAGUUACUGCUCUCAGACAAAGAUUUCAUUUAAAAUCCUUUAAGGCAAUAAUUUGUAAAUAUGUACAGUCGUUAACGUGUUUUCUUUUUGCUCUGUGCAGCGGUCAUAAGAGCUGCUCCUCCGUGCUUGCUAGUCGUUCUUCUAGACCUGUUCUUGAGAGAGCGUACCACUAAAAAGCGGCUUUUCGGCCUGCGUUCCUGGCGACAUGGCUUCGGGAUCGUUCUGGAAGCUUCCGCCUUGGCGGAGAGUCUGGUCCUUGGGCACAGCAUCGAUGCUUCCUAGGGUCGUGUACCCACAAUGCACUGCAGCUCAAGAGGACUGGCGACUGCUGCUAGACGCCUGCCCCCCCCCCCAUCCCCCCCAGUGCCGGCUGCGUCCCUGCUCUAUCAUGGCUCACCUGGGAAAACUUCACCUGCAGACCAUAGCUAAUGAACAUGGAGGUCCUGAACAUGCUGUGAUGGCAGAAGCUGAUCAGUGUGUCUUCAGCAGUAACUUCAGUAUUCAUGAAGGCACUGGUGAAAAGUGGAUUCGUAAACUAGCGAGGGGGUGGCAUUUGGGGGGAGGGAGGAGGGCAUGCAGUAUUAUGUUGAGUUGGAUUGUGUGAGGGGGCGAGAGGGGACUGGGGUCAUUUCCGAUGGCGCCCAAACACUAAAGUGGCAGGAGACUGGGGCAGUACUGGGGUGCGUGUCCUGCGGCCUGUACGUUGCAUUCAAAUGCAAAUCCUGUGGACAGCCGUUUGCUCAUGCAGAGUCUGUGCUGCCUGUCUCUUUGUUGUGAGAGAGCUGGUUCCUGUUUUGGGGGGUGGGGGUGGGGGGCGUUCUGAGCGGGAAAACAAGAUGAAGCAGGUGACUAAAGGUAUUGGAGGAGUAGUAGUUUCAGACAUGUGGUUACAGGAAAGUGAACAUUAGCUUGCUUGCGAAUGAGGAACUGGUGCUGUAUCUAUAACGCUUUUUUUCCCUCUCCAUUUUUGUUCCUCAUCAGGCCUUGUUUUUCCCCCGCAAUAUUGUUGUAACUGUUGUUUUUUUUCCCCCUCAAAGACUUACUUGAAGGAUGUGCAGUGUAGUACCAGUUGGCAAAUACAAAAAAUGUGCACAAUAUUUUGUCAGAUAGGUUGUACCAUUUUUAAUGCCUCUUGUCCUUCCUUGGAUCGAUCACUUUUGCAAAGCUUUAGCUAAUUUCAGUGGUGCAGUAGUAUUUAUUUAUCCAAAGUUUGUAUGAAACGGUAGUGGUUAAAAAGGGGAAAAAAAAAUCUGAAUCAAAAGCAGAAUGUAAAAUAACAACCUUCCAAUAGGGACGUAUGUGUACAUUUUAAACCACCCCAAAAUCUGUAAAGAAAUUGAUUUUUAAAGAAAUCUUUAAUUAUAAAAUUGUUUCGUAAAUGGUUAAUUUCUCUAUUUUGUAUUUUACUUUAGUUGAGAAAAAAACAAUUACCAACAGUGCAGUUGUGAAGGUUUUCUCGGUCAAGAGUUAAUUUGAAAAAGUAACAUUUAAGUACAAAUAAAGCCUGAAAUUUAGACAAUCAAAACAGCAUUUAAUAUCAGAAAUGUUCAAGAGGACAUCUUUACUGUUUAUAUUUGUACAUAAAACACUGGUUUUGUUUUUUGUUUUGUUGAGCAUUAUUUUGUAUUUUAUGUUGUACUUUAAUACCUGGUGUACAGAUCCAGAAAUAAAGCUCUGGAAAUCUU